AUGUCAUCCUCUUCAUUAUCUGCCGUAAGGGCUCUACGAGAGUCUUUUGGCGACAGGAAACCUCCCGAUAUUACGCGUAAAAUCACGGCAUGCGUGGCAUGUCGCAAACUCAAAAUUAAAUGUCAUAUGAACGGGGGAAACCCGCCCUGCACUCGGUGUGAAUCCCGUGGUCUGUCAUGUACCGUGAACAAGAGCCUGCAAAUGCUGCUUGAAAGUGACGCAUCAUGGAAGGAGAACAUUGAACGCCGCCUGGAAAACUUGGAGUCAGCUACGGUGUCAACGCAAGGUCCGACUGCUUCGCCCGAGGACAUCACACCAGAGGAGAGAAGCAGACCCAGAAAGACCCCAGCCAGCCGCGCAUCAACUGCCCCCCCAAAUAUGAUCACGUUGAAUCUAUCUUGUAGUCUCGGGGCAUUUCCUGCAUCAUCCAUGAUAGAUCUCAACUUCAGUGGCCAGCAGGUAAUUUUCCAAGGGCAGCGGCGCCCAGAUCUGAUCUCAUGCGGGGUGAUUUCCCAGCAGACAGCCGAGGCCCUGUUUAAGUUCUACCAUGAGCAGCUUGAUCACUGCGUCCACUACGUCCUCGAGCCUGAUGAUACAUUGGCAAAAGUACGCUCCAGAUCAUCACUUCUCACAUCGGCAAUCUGCACUGUGUCCGCUUUCUGCACGGGCUCCAAGGCCUAUCAAUCGUGCCUUAAUGCGUUGAAGACGGAAGUCUCGCGGAAGAUGUUUGCGACAAACCAUAAAUUUGAUGACGUGCGAGCAUUGUGCAUUGGAGCCUUCUGGCUGAGCGAAAUCGCCUCUGCACUGAGUGGACUAGCUGUUCGCAUAGCCACAGAGCUUGACCUACACCGGUGUAUCACCAAAAUACCCCAUACGAAGAGAGCUUGCUACGACCGCACACGACUCUACUUUUUGGUCUACCUGUGUGACCGACACUCCUCCCUAAGCCACGGACGGCCACCGCUUACUCGCGACUUUCAUUCUUUGAAAGCGCCGCGAGACUUCUUACAAAGUCCUUUUUCAACAUCAUACGACUUGAGUUUGAUCGCCCAAGUCGAGCUCUGGUCUAUCAGUGGCCGAGUAUUCGAUAGAUUCGGGGCGGAUAUUGAGAACCCGAUGGCGAGCCAAAAGUCGACAGAGUUGGAGAGCUUUGGCACAGAAUACGAUCAGUGGCUUGGUGAAUGGUUGGAUUUACUCUCAACCAGCGAGAUGGGGACACCAUUUACAAAUCGACUGGGACGCCUGUAUUAUCAUUCGGCCAGGUUGUUCCUCUUCUCGCAUGUAUUUCGGGGUCCAGCAGCAGAGAUAUACUCGUUGUGCAGGGAGGGCAUUGAUAGCUUUGCGUCGUCUGCUCUGAGAAGUGCUCUGGCUAUCGUCCGAUGUAUCGUGGAUGACCAUAGAGACGCUGAGCUUUGGCUGCACAAGCUACCUGUAUACUUUGGGACCAUGACGGCGUUUGCCUCCGUUUGUCUUCUCAAGGGCUCGUGUCAGGAACAAUCCACAACAGGCCUUGACUUUGGCGAAACCACCGAAUAUAUUCGUCGGCUGGUCGACCUUCUCCGCACGUCUCUAGUUGCUGAUCACCCCGCGAACACCUGGUCGAGCAUCGCGACUAGUCUGGACAUCGCAACAAAGGGAUGGGAUUUGUUUCACCCAGAGGAUGAUCAUCUCACUACUCCUGUGGAUGGUGCAUUUAACUUCGAUAUGUUUGACGGGGACGGCAGGUUAAGCUUAGACCACUAUUUUGGCGCAUAG